UCUCUCACUCUCUCUGACAUUCUCUGCUCCUGACGGAGAGGAUGUGAGCAGAGGGGCUGUUCGCACACUGGCCCAGAGGAUAUGGACGCUCCUCUAAAAAAUGCUGAAAGACUACCUUCACAUUGCUCCCUUCCUUGCAGCUGCUUUGUCCGGCGGUGCUUCGCAUACUUAAAAGCCUGAACAGCCCUAUUGAUUUUUGAUUGUUUGCUUUUCACUCUCUCUCUCUGACAUUCUCUGCUCCUGACGCGCACUCCUUUGAAGAGGAAGAUAUGUUUGCAUUCUUUUAAUUGUGAGACGGAACUGUCAUCUCUGUCUUGUCAUGGAGCACAGUUUAAACUUUUGACUAAAGGGUUGCUUCUCAAAUAGUGGGGCGUGCCCCCAGGGGGGGCGCGUGGCUCCGUCAAGGGGGGCGCGUUUGACCUCGGGGAAAAUGCUUUUUUAUUUUUCUGUUUUGAUUUUUUUUUACUGUUCUAGAAUAAAGUGCAAUACCACUCCACUACAUUAAGGGGCAGUGGCGCUCUCAUUGGCAGAGUGUGCGCAGGGAGCAUUCGCUCGGUGGUGUAGGGGUUUUGUUUGCACUGAGCAUGCGCGCUUUGCACACAGUACAAAGUAUGAGUAUGAAGUGUAGACACGAAGUGUAGCAGACCCUCAAGUGAUAUCAUGAAAAAAUUUUUAACAGGGAUGAGAAGACAGGCGGAGAAAGAAGAAGAUAAAGAGACAAACGAAAGUCUCCCGAAAGCUAAGACGAGGAAAUAUGACGAAGCGUAUGUAGCGCUUGGCUUCACUGUGACUACGGUGGGAGACGAGGAAAGACCGGUGUGCUUACUGUGUCUAAAAAUGUUGGCAGCGGACAGCAUGAAGCCAAAUAAAUUAAGGCGUCACUUAAAGACAUUACACCCUAAUCACGCUGAUAAGCCGCUUGAGUUUUUUCAGCGAAAACGUGUUGAAUAUUGCCAGCAAUCAUCCCGCUUUCUGACUGCUACUUCAGUAAACCAGCGAGCGUUGUUGGCAUCAUAUAAGGUGGCGUACCAAAUUGCUCAGUGCAAAAAACCCCACACCAUAGCAGAAGAGCUGAUACUGCCUGCAGUAUUAGACAUGGUCUCUGUCAUGCUGGAUGACGCAAGUGCUGCAAAAAUAAAAACUAUCCCUCUGUCAAAUGACACUGUUGCUAGACGUAUAAAUGACAUUGCUGACGAUCUUAAAGAACAGCUGGUAGAAAAACUCAAAGAUAAACGUUUUGCCUUACAAUUUGAUGAAGCAAUUGACAGCAACAAAGACUGUUUGUUUAUUGCUUAUGUACGUUUUGAAAUGACAAAUUCCCUGUGUGAGGAUCUACUUUUUUGUAAAUAUGUCAGAGACAGAGCCACAGCCGAAGAGCUAUUCAAAAUGCUAGACUGCUUCCUGACUGAGAAUGGGCUAAAGUGGGAUAACUGCAUUGGUGUUUGCAGUGAUGGUGCACAGACCAUGGCAGGGAUGAGAAAAGGACUUCGGACUCUCAUAAAGAAGGCUUCACCUAAUGCUGAGUGGACACACUGGAUUUUACAUAGAGAGGCACUGGCAUCAAGGCACCUUUCCUCUGAAUUAAGUGAGGUUAUGACUGACAUUGUAGGAGUAGUCAAUUUAAUAAAGACCAGACCACUAAAAACAAGAGUUUUCUCUGCUAUCUGUGAGGAGAUGGGAGCUGAACAUCAAGCUGUGCUGUUUCACAGUGAAGCAAGGUGGCUGUCACGAGGAAAAGUGUUAUCCCGAGUUUUUGAGCUCAGAGAAGAGAUAAGAAUGUUUUUUGGAGCAGGAGCACAAGUAUGA